ACGCGAUCUAUCAUCAUAGCAAAAUAUUGCAUUUCAGUUAUUUCGUUCGCAAAUUAUUUCGUAUAUACAACAGAAUUGUUUUUAAAUUGACUGUCAUUUCAUCAAAAAAUCAGUGUAGAAUGUAUAUUAGUUAAGUAAUUCAGUGCAUGUUUGAUCAACAAAAGUGAAUGUUUGCCACAUAAACAAAAAAAAAAAACAUAAUAGCCAUCGAUGGUACAGACCAAACAGUUUAAAAUCUAAGUUGAGGGAAAAAAACUUUUUAUAAUUUCUUUAAAAAAAAUCAAAAAUCAAAUUUUCAAUCAAUCGAAUGAGUUAUAAAAAUGGAAUCAAUUCAAAGCGAAUCUACAAAACUGAAUGUUCGAACUAGUGCAGAAUAUGAAGAAAAAGAUGCGGGAUCAGAGUCAAACGGCGAUACAGUGGUGUUGGAGUCGAAACUCAAUGAUGAAGAUAUUUGCAUGAAUGUCGAACAAGAAUCGAAUAUGAACGAGAAUUCUAGUCACGAAUUAAACGGAAGUCACGAUGAUAUUGAUGAAAACAAUUGUUUGGUACGUCUUGUGUUUAGAGACGAAACGGUAUUUGAUGAACUGCAUCAAGUCAUUGGCCAAUGCGUACGAGAUGCAUUGUUUUUGUUAAAAAAAUCUGCCAAUUUAAUCAUUGACAAAAGCGAAAAAUGUGUGAAAGUGACGGAGAUUUCAGCUAAAAAUGAUGAUAAUAUAUUUAUGGUUGACACUUUACCGACGGAAAAUACAAAUACAUCUGAAAUUCCUGAUUAUAAUUCGAGCGCAAUUGAUGUACUAAAUGAUGAGGAAGAAAAAGAAGCAGACCCAAAUGCUGGUGAUGGUGAUGAGAGCAAACGAAAAACUGGCAAUUGUUGGAAUUGUGGCGGUGAUCAUAAUAUGAGAGAUUGCAAAGAAGAACGUGAUCCGGAUGCAAUAAAUCGAGCCAAACAAUCAUUUAUGCAAAAAACAAAAACGGAACGUUAUCAUUUGGAGGCCGAACAAAAGUAUAGUCAUUUAGUACCUGGUAAACUAAGCGAUAAUUUACGACAAGCGCUUGGUUUGCGUUCACGUGAAUUGCCCAUGUACAUUUAUAAAAUGCGAUUGUAUGGUUAUCCGGAAGGAUGGCUUGAAGAGGCAAAAAUUAACCAUUCCGGAUUGUCAUUGUUUCACUCGGAGAUGAUAAACAAUGAGACGGAAGAUGGAGAUGAAAAGGUUGAAUAUGACCCAACAAAGUUCAUUGAAUAUCCAGGUUUCAAUGCGCCAGUUCCAUCGAAUUUGAUUGAUGACGGUGAUUACUUCCGAGUGCCACCCAUGUUGUUCGAACAUAGCAAAGAAGGUUUGAUUCAAUCGCUGCAAAAUAAUUUGACCAAAACUUAUAAGCGAAAGCGUCUAAAGCUUGAUGAAAACGAUAAAUCGGUCACACAAAAUGUCAAAGACGAUGAUAUGGAUAUUGAGGAAAGUGAUGAUGAAAGCACCAAUUCACCGGAAGUACUAUUACCACAAUCACGACCAAGUAACGAUGAAACAAACUCAAUUUCUGUACCUGAUGUCGAACAAGAAGCAUCAUUACUUGAAUUGGAACGUAGAAAAGAAGAAAUUCGACGUGCACUGGAAGAUGCUGAAGAUGGUUCAACGGAUUCGAAUUCAAUAUCAAAUCCAAAUGGUCAACAAUAUGAUGCAGAUGUCUCCAAAAAUAUGAUGCAACCAAAGGAAAAUGUUGGCACACAGGAAAAUGAUCAGAAUAAAAAAACAUCCGGUAGCAAUGAAAACAAUGGCAAAUCAAUUGAAUCGGUUAACGAAAAUGCCGAAAUCAGCAUUUGUAUUGAACAAUGUGAAGUAAAUGCAUCGAUAUCGACACAACCAUCAACACCAUCGACAUCUGGUCAAUCGAGGGAGUCAGUGUUUGGAACGCCACUUAUAAAGCAAGUGUCACCAUAUACACAGUUACCGGUUGGUGAAAAGUGGUCAGUUGGUGUAACGGAUGUCAUCGAUUUCGAAAAUUUACCUGAUGCAACUGGGACAUAUCAAAAAUUAACGGGUGUCAUUAAAAAGGUGCGAACGGUCAUCAAACGAAUAAAUGAUGACCAGGAGGAUGACUCCUCAUGACACAGCAUCUCCAUCGAUAUUGAUGAUGAACACGAUGAAUCCGAUUAAUAUUCAGUCGUUUCAAAUUCAAACGAAAUAAGAGAAAAACAAAAGAUCGGGGAAAAAUCAUUUUUUGUAAAACAAAAUUAGAUCAAUUCUCAAGCUCAAUGGAGCCA